AUGAAUGCAUACAUCACAAGUUCAAGUCCCCUAAGUGUAUACAAGGCUUACUUGAAUCAAUUCCAAAGAGAUUUUACGACAUUUCUUGAAAUGCGUUCUGAAGAGAUGGUAUAUAGUGGACGUAUGGUUCUCACAUUAAUGGGAAGAAACAUUCUGGAUGAUCCUUCGUACAGGGAUUGUUGUCAUAUGUGGACAUUGUUACCUGAUUCUCUCCGCGACCUAGUCUUCGAGGGUCUUGUGAGUGCGUCAAAGGUAAAGUCUUUCAAAAUGCCGUUUUAUGAUCCGAGCGAGGAAGAAGUGAAGGAGAUCAUAAGAAAAGAGGGAUCCUUCCAAAUAAACAACUUGGAGGCACAUGGAUUUGAUAUCGGCCAUAGUAACAGGGACUUUAUUAGCUUACAAUUACAUAAAGCAAAAACAGGGCAAAGAGAAGCUGGUUGUAUAAGUUUUAAGGAAGUUUAA